UGAAACCAGACAAUCUCUGUUUCCCUGAGAUCUGGCAUGUAUGUCAAUAGUGAUCCAAAAUAUGGAGGUCUACAUCCAUGUAGUCGGAUCUUAUUUUUCAUUGAAUGAGCUAGAAUUGAAAUGAUAUGCAGUAUAAUAGUCUUGUUUUAGUAGCGGUGGACCUUCAAGCAAAGCUUGUUGUGUUGUUUUCAAGUUCCAUUUGGACCCCUCUGUGAAUAAGCCGCUUCUCGGAGCUGUGGCAUCUAUAGUAAUGGAGUCCUAAGCAAGGUACUUCUUAAUUUAUGCCAUUAUGAACAAUAUAUGUAAACUGAUUUUAGGUUAACAUUGGUAGCUUGCUUAACUUGACAGCCUUUUUUAACUUUCGUUGAUGGUUGUUAACUAACUUAAGUAGUUGCAUUAUCUCUUCCGUUGCUGCAACUCUAAGUUAGAAAUGAACAUGGAUUGAUUCAAUCUAAGGUAACUAUAUUCCAAGUCCAUUGUUCUUACAAGUACUGGAUGUGAGUACGUGAUUGACCAACUAUCUAUCUUUUCAUUAUUUUGUUACAGAUGAUGAAGAAUAUUAGGAGCAAGAAUUAGAUGCCAACCAAGGAUGGCAUUCUUUGAGCACAAACACUAAAUCGUUUCGAAGUUCUUUUUGUGUUUGGAUCACGUUAGAAGACUAUGUUGGAAUGAUGAUGGUUCCCAGUCCAAUGCUUGGAUUUGGAUUGUAGGAUUAUUAUAUUAGCU